UCUUUUCCGAACCGUAUCCGGUUCCGAUAGCCGGGUCCAGGAACCGGUAUAUGAAGGAUGAAGGAACAUCCAUGAACAGUCGGUCGAUGAUGACAAGAAGUGAGCAUUCAACAAAUAAUGGCAACAACAAUAACCAGAAGACGAAGAAAGGCGACGCAGCGACAUAUAUGUAUUAGACGGAAUGUAUAACCAUCAGAUUCGCAAUCACUUGGCUGAUCCUGUUCCGAGCAUCAGCAUCCGAGCUCCCAGCGUCCACUAUCUCGAGACGGUCUUUCUUGACGAGGUGCUAACCACUCCGGGUUCAUCGUUAACUCGAGAGUCCAGCAUUGAUGAGAUUGAAAAAGCGUCCCGCGAGAAUCCUGGUUCUUUGAAUCGGUCCAAGGCGUUGAAUGUCCCUUGCCUGAGAAACGGCUGGAAGGGGGCGGCCUUUGUCGAUUGCAUUCCAGAGAACCCAGACUACGUCGGGGAGGCUACGCACUUGCUAAGCUAUGCAGGGAGCCACAGUUUUGGAGAAAUCAUUGACUCCUUGGUUGAUUUUUGCUCCACUUCACAAAAUGAACCCAAACGCACAUUUGUUUGGAUAAGUUGUUUCUGUACCAGCCACCACCAAAAACCGCAGCGUUCUCUGGACUUGCUUGCUGACUUUGGAGCUAGAAUCUCAAAGAUUGGUCAUGUCUUGGCCCUGAUGAGCCCAUGGAACGAUCCCUCAUACUUGAAGAGUGCCAAAUGCCUGUGCGAGCUGUUUAUUGCCAACAGCCCGAAUCGACGGAUAACUCUGGUAAUGCCUUCAAGCGAGCACCUCGCUCUUGCCAAUGACAUCUUUGUCAAUGAGGGCAAAGGGUUGGAAACGCUUCUUCAAAGGAUAUCAAAGAUACUCAUUCAGAAUGCCGUGGUCGAGAGCGAUUGCGUUAAAAUUCUCGUGGAAGCCGACCCCGGAUAUGGAGUCAUCAACCAUGCUGUCAGCGAGAUUCUCCGGGAUCUUUUAGAGCAAACAAUACAGGAGAUCAUCACGGUUUUGGACCGUGAUGAAAGCGUUUAUGGUAUCAAGAUUGACUGCCUUGCGUUUGCAAAGGUUUGCAAUCAAGUUGCUUCGAUGAUUUGUCGGCACAGUAUCAACGACACCGCGCUGAGAUUGUCCCGAAUGGCGUGUCGCGUUCUCUUGAGUCUUGUGGUGGCAGAGAAUGGCCAGUACCCCGAUGCUGAACUCGAACUCGCUACUUGCCGUACUCACAUUGGUGAUAUCCUGCAGAAUCAAGGGAACUACGAAGAAGCCUUGACCGAGUACAGGCACGCAUUGUACAUCCGAGAGCAUCUGCUGGGAAGAGAUCAUGUUGAAACAGCUGCGUCCCACCGUAAUGUCGGCAGUGUCCUCUACUUCAUUGGCAGUGCCCUCUACUUUCAAGGGAAACUUGGCAAGGCGUUGGGCCAACUUCGAAGCUCACUGCAAAGUCAGGAAGCGGGUCAUGAAUUCGCGAAUGAAACCACGGCAGCUACGUACAGAGGCAUUGGCGACAUCUUGAAUGCAACUGGAGACUCUGACUGGGCUGAUAUGGCCCACAACGUUGCCAAAGCGAUUCAAGACGAGGGAGGCCUCAGGUUUGCAGAUGUGCACUAUGAACGCGGGAAGUUGUUCCAUCAAAGAAGACUUUACCAAGCGGCUUGGGAGGCAUUCGAACGUGCUCGAUUACUCUAUGGAGACGAAUCAAAGCUGGGGAACUCUCGCUCAAGGACCGCAGAUUGUUGCUUCUGUAUAGGUGUCGUCAUGGAAGACAUAGGGAGAAGCUCUGAUUCCCUCAAAGAAUACCAAUCAGCCUUGAGGCUUUAUGAUCCUGGGAUGGAAGAGCAGCUUCUCAGACAACGCCUAUGUCGUGAACGAAUUGAAGCGGUUGCGAACCAAGCAAGGAAAAUGGAUGUGUUGUCCUCGCAGCAGGAUGCUCCUGGAUCUGAAAGACAGCGCAGAAGAGGAAGCUUGUCUCGUGAAUGGGGCGAAGUACUUAAGCAAAAGGGCAAGGCAUGGAAGAGGGCAAGUUGGCCCUUGCGGCGAGCUUCCGUUGAUGGUGGUGGCAAGGUUACAAAGGCGGCGAGCCACAGAUAUGAACAAGAGGGUGAGACUUCUAACAAAGGCUCCUGCCAUGCGGCCCGCAAAUCAGACGAGCAUUGGCAACACGACCGGAUUGCUACCGCUACCACCGUACUCGAGACAGCAAGGCAAAGAGGAGGAUCCAACGAAUGCCCGUUCCGAGAGGGUCCUUGUAGCCUUGCACUGAAGCCUGAAAUGAUAAGUCAUGAAUGAUGCAUUUAUGCUUAGGUUUCUAAGUGUUGCUCGGUACGAUUAUACACUGUACUAGCUAGACAGACAAAAUGACAAAAUGUAUACUGAGUAGUAGGAA